CUGGAAAAUGUACAGCAAAAGAAAAUCUUUGAAGAGAAUAAGAAAGAGACAAAACAGACAGAAGAGCCAUGUCCUACUGAUUCAAUAGACUCUCUGAUGGCAGAAAUGCCAUUUAUCGACACAGAUAUUGAGGAUAAAUUUGUUAUGCACACAACCUCUGAAAUAAAUAUAAAAAAGAAAAGAAAGAGGACUACUGGGAAGGAAAUUGAAGAAGACAGUGAGAGAAAGAAGAAAAAGAAAAAACAGUAUCAGCCAAAUUAUUUCAUUUCUCUUCCAAUUACUAAUCCAGAGAUUACUAGGAGUAUUCAGGCUGUCCAAGAUGCAGUAAUACAAAAGGAUCAGAGGUUUUCCAAAGCAAUGGUUCACUCUGGCUCAUUGCAUGUCACCAUGUUUGUGAUGCAUUUGUCCAAUGAAGAAGAAAUCAGCAUAGCAGUUGGUGCUCUUUCAGACAGCAAGGAUUUUGUAGAAGAUCUCCUGAAAGGAAAAACCGUGGAUUUGUCUUUUCAAGGAAUUGAUCACUUCAAAAAUGAAGUCGGAUUUGUGAAGUUGGCAGAAAAUGAUCAUACAGCUAUACUUAGAGAAAUAGCAGAGACUAUGAAGAAGAUAUUUCAAGAAAAGGGCAUUUUGGCAGGAGAAGAAAGACCUUUUAAACCACAUCUGACCUUCAUGAAGUUGUCAAAAUCCACACCACUACGUAAGCAGAUCAUGUAA